AUGAAUUUGUGGCUUUUAGAGCUGAAUUUAACUGGAUCAGAGGUGGUUGUUCAUACGGAGUCGAACGGGAUUUCCUUAACAAACGUGAAGGUAUCUUCGAGCAAAGCUGGAGAUAGUCGCGAAAGAACACGGAAAUAUGGUUUCGAUUACUGCUUCGAUUCGUCGAAUCCAGAGGCACAGAGUUUCGCGGACCAGGCAAGGAUUUACCAGACGCUUGGCCAAACCGUCUUGGACGCUCUUUUCACUGGCUAUAAUUCCUGUCUGGUGGCGUACGGGCAGAGCGCGUCAGGAAAAACCUACACCGUGAUGGGAACCAAGGAAGAUCCUGGACUCACGCCGCGUCUCUGCGAAGGAAUUUUCGCUAGGAUCGAGGAGGAAAGGAAAAACGAGAGGAACUAUGGUGUUUCUGUCAGUUACUUGGAGAUAUAUAACGAGAAGGUGAGGGAUCUUUUGAAGCCGUCCUCGAGCACGAGCGGAUUGAGAGUUCGCGAGCAUCCUCGACUCGGCCCUUAUGUUCAAGGACUGACCCAUCACGCGGUUCGCACGCUGGGGUCGUUGAUGUCCUAUGUGGAGGAGGGAACGAAAGCCCGGAAGACAGCAUCGACGUUGCAAAAUCCUAGUAGCAGUCGCAGCCAUGCUCUGUUGACGAUCGCCGUUGCAGAGGAAUCGCAGUGUGUCGGUAACAGCGUCUGUUCGAGGAAGAAAGAGAUCUCGCCACGCGGUGGUAGCAAAUUACGGUUGGUCGAUCUGGCGGGCAGCGAGAGCGCGGCCACGUGCAGCGGCGUACAUCGACUGAAAGAGGGCGCGAAUAUAAACAAGAGUCUAGUGGCUCUAGGGAACGUAAUAUCAGCCCUUGCGGAGAGAGGCACGACCGGAAGUGGUUCGGGCAGGAGGUUCAUCCCUUAUAGAGAUUCUUCGCUUACUUGGCUGUUGAAGGACGCACUUGGCGGAAAUGCCACUACCAUUAUGCUCGCCACGAUCUCGCCAGCAAGCGGAAGUUACAACGAGACCGCGCACACGCUGCGAUUCGCGCAGAGGGCGCAAAGCGUGGUCAAUCGGCCGGUGGUCAACGAGGAUCCCGUGGCGAGAAUUAUCCGCGAGUUGAGAGCUGAGGUGGCCCGAUUAAAGUCUUUAUUGUUAGAAAAGAACGAAGAAGCAGCUACGAACGCGUUGUGUUGUUGCCAGAAGAAUCGACCAAACUGCAAUACGAAUACAGAUCGAUCAUCAAAAGAAGCCGAGGCAGAAUCAACUGAACGAUCCAGCCGGCAAAAUUCGGGAGAAAAAUCCCAAGAGGAGGAAGCAAUAGUAGCUGGAUCGAGAAUAGAAGAAGAAAAAAGACUGAAGAGCGUCGUUUCAGUUCGAAGAUCCAAUUCCAGCGACAGCGUUACCACGUACGAGGUCGGUUCGUCCAAAAAGAAAUUCGGUUCGCUAGAAUUUUUGGCGACGAGCGAUCGCUUCAACCGAGCAAAGGUGACGGAGUUGAACGACGAAGAAGACGAAGUGAGCGAGAUCCAUGAGUCCGUGUUCGUCGACAUCCCCACAUUGGUUGCGGUUUUGAUCAAGCCGGAUAACAAUCUGCAAGAAUCUUCGGUUCAGAUCGAGGAGAUUUGUUCGGACGAGGUUGUGGAAGAAGAAUCGAUCGAUGUGGAUUUCGAGGCGGCUAACGACGAUCACGAAGCGUUCGGCGAGUUUGAGAAACUGGACAGUAUCGAUCACGAUGAUAGAAGCAGCUCUGUGAACUCGUGUCACACUUUUGGGGACAUCGAAGCGGAGGCUUAUCAAAAUUCCGAAAGUCAUCAAGUAAAAUCAGCUUCGAAACCUAAGCAAAAGCCAAAGUUUCGUAAGCAGGACUCGGUGCACGUGUUUCCAACCUCUGUUCUUUCCAAUCUACACACGUUGAAGAAAUUUGGUUCGGUGGAGACGAUCCAGAAGAAUAGAGAUCCUGUAUUCUCGUUGGAAAGAUCUCAUACAAAUUUAGAGAAACGUUGUACAGUACCUGAUAGAGUGAAGAAAUUAAACAAUAUCCGGGAGAUCGAUGAUCAGAAAAUAUCGAAUAGAGGUAACUGGUCCAAAGAGCAACUUCAACGAAAAGGUAGCAACGAUUCGGAUAAGAGUCUAAAAGAAUCCAACAACCAACCUGGAUCGAAGAUAAAAAACUACGCGAGGAAGCCUAGUUUGGAGAAUCUGAAGAGAAAGACUAGCAAGGAUAGCAGUUCGAGUAGUUCGAAAGACGAACAGAUUCUGAUUUCGAGUCUGACCCGAGAUAAACUAUUGCGUAGAAAGAAUUCGUUAGAUCAAGAGCCUUCCAUCAGGAGCCACACGCCUAUUCAAAGAGUCAAACGCGCUGAAAUCGUGGCGGCAGUUACGGAGAGACUGUACUCGAGUAGAAAAAACGUGGAGGAUGUUCCAGGGAUGCGGUCUCCUCCAGAUACAGGCGAGGUAAAGUCUGUGGCCAAGUUGAAGCUGCAGGAGAUCUCGAGGAAGAUGCUGGGUAAACGUAGACGAGUCUGCGUGGAUACUCAGACGGACUGCUCGAGGACUAUUCGCAUGAAGGACACUGCGUCUCUUACAGAAACGCCACGGAUAGUCUGUCAGGAUGUUGCAGUUCUAACAGAUUAUCACCAAGACAGCGAAUACGUUUUGGGUCAAAAGACACCUGUUUUGAGAGUGAAAGAGACUGCUACUUCGACGGAGAAACCUAAGACGAACAUUGUCAGAUGUAAAGACGUGGGAAGUUUGGCGAACGAUCUCGAAGAAUACGAUUACGAAAUUCACUCUCCGCGCAAUGACUCUGGAAUUCUUUCGGACGACACUCAAAAUUACGCGGAGAGCAAUUUAAGUAGCACAGAGGUGUCUGAUCUAUGUCAAGAAGCUGACAGAAGAGUGGCAUACGCAGAAAGUUCGACGAAUACGAGUACGUUCUCUUCUUGUCGUAGCUUUGCGGUACAGACACCGCGACCGGAAGUCUUUGGUCAAUCAUUACCACAGAACAAAGCUCCUGCCUGCGCAAGACGAUGUUGCAACUCCAUCAAAGAUUCUCAAAGUCAUUCAUCGAUUAAUAAUUCUGAGAAAAGUGUAAUUUCCAUUUCACUACCGGAUACCAUCAACAUUACCAUCGAAACCAUGAAUACCGUAGAUUCUAGGAUUGCUGUGCCGGACAACGAGGCAUCGCAACAAAAUGCGAAACGUUCUACGAAGGAUGAGGAAGCACAAACCAACGAAUGGAACGGUCUUCGUAACGAGAUCUUCUGUUCGAAGGAUCAGACCACAUCGACGCCUAGCCAAAUCGAUAGCAGGGUAUUCCGAAUCGAGAACAUCUUUCAGGACCCUAACAACGCGGCCAAGUAUUCGAGAACAGAUCCGAAUCGAAUGCAGGGGACGAGGAUAAGGAAUUCCAUUACUUUCAGGAAUUCCCUAGGGACAUCGUACGUGCCCCAGUCGAAGAAGCACGAGCCCUCUCCGAGAGAAGUUCACGCUGAAGGAUUUAUCAGGGAUGGAUUAAUCACGGAGGCGUUUAUCAACCGGAAGCGCAGUUUUAAUUUGGAAAGAACACCUAGUUCGGCCGUUUACCAGGAUCCUUGGAGGAACUGGCAAGUUCCUGUGUCUUUGGUUAACACGAUCCAUCCGAUAGAUUCUUCGAAGGGUUUGGGAGUUAUCCCAUCUUCUUGGCAACCGGAAGUCAGCGAAAUUCCGCUGGUCGAACAAAGUUUGUCGCAUAGAAACUACGUUGAGGAAUCACAGGUGGAUUUUGAGAUGGAUAAUAUCGAAGAGAUCCCGAAGAUGAAGUCUCCUUUUUGUAAUAUUAAAUUAAAUAAUAAUAUGGAUCAUGAACAUGGUUUCUCAGAUGAUAGUUUGGACUAUAACGAGAAUAACGUAUGUAGCGAGUCGAUGAUACUAAAAAGCGAACAGAUGGUUGAACAGCGUGAGAAUUUUUGUCCACCUGACGUAGUAGCGCAUACUAAAAAGGAUUGUUCAAAAUCUAUCGAAGACAAGAACGAAUCUAUUAACGAUUUCGACGACAAUCAAGUGGAAUUCCCUAAGAAGAAUCUUACAGAGUCAACAGAAGCUAUUAAUAUACACGAUUACAAAUUUUUGAUCUUGGGUAGGCCUUGUUAUAACUAUGAAGAAGCCAAUGACGAAUCUAAUAUUUACUUGAAUCAUGUGAAAAGUUCGGGGAAGAAGAAAGUAUCCUUCUCCAACUCCAACGUCCUUGAAAAGAAGUUAACUUGUGAACCAUCAGGAACCUUGAAGUCUAUCAUUAAAAAGAGAAUGAAGAAAAACAUGUCCGAAGUUCUAAACUCGGUACAUUCCUCCAACGAUGAAACUGACGAUUCUCAGCAAGAGGAAAGGAUCAAUUUAACCUUGGAAAGCGAACGGAAAGGUGAGUCUGCGAGUUCAGAAGAAGACAAAGAAGAUCAGGAUUCGGUGAAAUUCGAGGGAAAUUCGAAGCAGAAUCGCAAGAAGGUCAAGUUCUCCGUGGAAGAAUCAUCGGAGAACACGUGCAGUGAGUCGGACAGCUACGAGAAUGUGGAGGAGGAGGAGGAGGAGGAGGAGGAGGAGGAGAACGACGAAGACGACGAUGACAACGACGACAACGACGAGACAGAAAAGAUUCUGCUCGAUCGUGCGGGCAAGAACGUUCUUGAAGAGUAUCUGAGCGAGGCGGUGACCUUCAUGCGAAAUCUGAACUCUAUCAGCGAGUACGUGAACGGGACGAGCAUGCUCGAGAGAAAUCCCUUGUCAUGGACAUCUGUGGGUUGUGGGCGAGGUGGACAACGAGGUGGUCGCCGACGGAGCUAUCUCUCCUCCUGGAAUCGCGAUUACUCCGAAUUCGUAGGUCGUGAGGUCAAUCCAAAGAACGACGAUGACUAUCUAAGAGAGGACGAUGAUACAAUAAUGUGCACGGAUUCUUACGAGAGGUGUAUGAAGGGCAUCCAGAGGUUGGAGGACUGCAUUCGGAGAGUCGACAAGCACAACGAGCUGCUUAGGAAAAAAUAUGGCAUUAAUUGCGAAUCUGCUGGCGCUAGACUGGAUCUAGCGAGUCCUAGCACAGAGCCUCGCGCGUCGAAGGCGAACGAUGAUUUCGAGAUUCUUCGUGAAAAGGAAAGUCCCUUGGGAAGGGGUUCCAGUGUUGUAGAACAGAAAGAAGAAGACGAUUUGGAGAAGAAAAUCUUCAAUCAGUUGAUGAAUGUCGCCAAUUCCAUCCGUUACGGAAAUUCUAAUAAACUUCAAUCUCGUUUACUCGCUUCAUCCGAAUCUAACUCGAGGAGUCCUAGCUGUGGCUCGAAAUUUCGUGAGAAAUAUCGUUACGCUAUGAAAGAACCAUUCUGCGGGGAUGUUAAAGGAAAUUUCAGUUUGGAAGAGACUUCGGACGAUCGCAAAGAUCUCACCACGUACGAAAUAACAGGGAAUCUAUCCGUUGAAAAGACUUGUUCCGCCGAACAGAAGAACGAUGACUUGGACUCUAUUAUGGAAGAAGAUUUCUUACCUCUGAGAAGAUUUAAUCGUUCCUCUUGGUCAACUGAUUUAGAUCGUCCAACAUUUAGGACAGAUAGACAGGACGAUUCGAGCAAGUACAGUUUUCUUUCGAAAUACAAAGUAAACGAUUCAAGGACCUCUGAUACCACUGACUCUUUGGGGAAAAUGUACAAUAUAAGGGGAAGCUUCCCCAAGCAACGAGUGUUGACCGACAGCGCGCGGAAAAGAUUUCAAGAAACGGACGAUUAUUCGCGAAGAACCAGGGACGGAUGUUGCAGGGUGUGCGCGUGUUCGAAAGAUCACUCGGAUAUCGAGAGUAUGCCUGGCGAAAUCAUGCAUCUCAGGGAUAAAUUGAAAUAUCCCGGAAGUCCCAGGGCAAGAUUUCUGGAGCUUCUUCGGGAGAGGCGACGAAUAGUCGAGUGCAGCCGUGGCACGAGUGCCUCUUGAACGCGCCUUCCCUAGUCGUCCCUUUUCAACUGUAAAAUGUAUUUUUCUAUUGUAACGCGUCGUCACAAUGUCGACGACGACGUCCUCUUUGUAAAUAAUAGAUUUCAGAACCUUUUGUAACGUUUGUCACCGCACCCACGACGAAAUUUAACUUAUUUAUCUUCUGAGUAUUCUAUUAAGAUCGUGUAAUUCGCCCCUGUUCGUAAUAUUAAAUUACUUUCUUUAUGAUUCUUCUUCUCUUCUCCUGUGGUAAGCCAAAGAUUAAGAUGGUGAUUCAUACGUGCAUGACAGGCUCAUAUGUAUGAAAAUCAUCAUAGUGGCGUAAAUCAAGAUUUUAAGAAUUGUAAUUUAAUUUCUUCAGAUUUAUAAUUUAUCAAGUUAUAAUCCGAUUAUAUGCCGCGAUACAUCCUUAUAAUUUGAAAAGAUAAAAUAAAUUUUUUAUAACGAUAAUCCUAGAUAAUUACAUAGUGAACUGAUUUACAGCCAUUAUGAUCCUACACUUUCUAUAUGUGGCAGAGUUCACGAAUUUUGGUUAAGAUGGGGUGUUAAGGAAUAAUCUCUCUGGAAACGUUCCCUUUAGCUUCCAGCAUAAUUCGAGGGUAUUACGAAAUACUGAUGCGAUUAAAUGCUGAUACGUGUGGAACUCGAAAUUAGGGGAUAAUUACUCUGAAACUCGUGAACUUUGCGAUAAUCGAAC